UCAUUUGUUUUUAUUUGAGACAUUCCAGAUGAGUAUAAUGAUGCCGGGGCGAUUGGGAGCUCUGCUCACUAGCUCCUGUAAAAUCAGCAGCAGAAACUGUAGUAGCUUGGGAGCUCUGCAGACGCUUAAAGUUCGUCAGAAGAUAGAAGAGAAGAGAGCCGCUGCUCUGUUGGGCGGUGGUCAAGGAAGGAUUGAUGCACAGCAUAAAAAGGGUAAACUAACCGCUAGAGAGCGUAUAUCCGUCUUACUGGAUCCAGGAACAUUCGUAGAGUACGAUAUGUUCAUGGAGCACACCUGCACCGAUUUCGGGAUGGAGAAGGAGAAAAUUCCCGGGGAUUCGGUAGUUACCGGCCACGGACUUGUUAAUGGCCGCCGAACCUAUGUGUUCAGCCAGGACUUCACGGUGUUUGGUGGGUCUCUAUCCAUGGCACACGCUAAGAAAAUUUGCAAGAUAAUGGACCAAGCAGUUCUGGUCGGAGCACCUUUAAUCGGACUCAACGACUCCGGUGGAGCCAGAAUACAGGAAGGAGUUGAAUCUUUGGCAGGAUAUGCAGAUAUCUUCCAACGGAACGUUUCCGCUAGCGGAGUAAUCCCUCAAAUAUCCCUGGUUAUGGGACCCUGUGCCGGUGGAGCAGUUUACUCUCCUGCACUCACAGACUGGACCUUUAUGGUUAAGGACACUUCAUACCUUUUUAUCACUGGACCUGACGUAGUUAAAACAGUGACUGGUGAGGAGGUAACUCAGGAGGAACUAGGAGGGGCUAAAACCCACACAACCGUAUCUGGAGUAGCGCACAGAUCUUUCGAGAAUGAUAUUGAUGCUCUUCUCCAGUUGAGGACUUUUAUGGGAUUCUUACCUCAGUCCAACAGGGAUCCUGCACCUGUUCGGUCCUCAGAUGAUCCCUGGGAUAGAUAUGUUCCUGGUUUAAACACUGUUGUCCCUCUUGAGUCUACUACUGCCUAUGACAUGAUGGAUGUUAUUCUUGGUGUGGUCGACGAGAGAGAUUUCUACGAGAUGAUGCCGCUCUACGCCAAAAAUAUUAUCACUGGGUUUGCCCGAAUGGCCGGUCGAACUGUCGGCGUAGUUGCAAACAAUCCUAAACAUGCGGCAGGAUGUCUAGAUAUUAAUGCCAGUGUGAAGGGAGCACGAUUUAUCAGAUUCUGUGAUGCGUUUAAUAUUCCCAUUUUAACAUUUGAAGAUGUUCCUGGUUUCCUACCUGGAACUGCUCAGGAGUACGGAGGAAUUAUUAGACAUGGAGCUAAACUUCUCUACGCUUACGCCGAGGCUACUGUUCCAAAAAUUACUGUUAUUACAAGGAAAGCAUAUGGAGGUGCUUAUGAUGUUAUGUCAUCUAAACAUUUACGAGGAGACACUAACUACGCUUGGCCGACUGCCGAGGUUGCUGUGAUGGGAAGCAAGGGAGCAGUUUCAAUUAUUUUCCGGGGUAAAGGAUCAGAGAAGAACGAGCAGGAGUACAUUGAUAAAUUUGGAAACCCCUUUCCAGCUGCUGUACGAGGAUACGUUGAUGAUAUAAUUGAACCUGCUACUACAAGGAAACGUAUUUGUGAGGAUUUAGAACUACUUUCAACCAAGCAAGCAGAGCAUCCUUGGAAAAAACACUCCAACAUGCCGCUAUAAUUCUCAUUUCAGUAAAACCAUGUGAAAACUCUUGUCAAUUAUGUAAGAUAUAGAAACGAAUAUUUUUAAAUAGAUAAUUUAUGAAAUUUUGAA